ACUUAAAAUGCCCCUUAGGCAUCAAGGCACGGUUCUUCCUUGGUGAUCGCUUGGGGUUGCUGCAGCCAUAGGGAACAGACUCUCUGUGGCUGGACCCUCACUCCCCUUCCUCCAUCUCCCUGCCUGGGCCUGCCCCUGCUACCCUCCAUCCCCUUGUGUCCUGUGGUUAUCCCCACCUUGUGCUUUGAGGCAAUGUUCUCAGCACUCUGCUAGUAGCUGGAGAUACAGCCCUUCCCUCCGCAAUUACAGUAUGAUGGGGAGACUUCCAAAUCAGCCCUUAUCACAUCAGUUGUUUGCUUUCAUGGUGAGAGGCAGUGUGCUAGGAAGGCUUCUCUGGGGAAGUGACACUUACAAACCCAGGGGGUAGAGGAGAGACUGAGGCUGGAAGUAGGGCCGCAUGUGCAAAGGUCCUGAGGUAGGAGGAAUGUGUAUUGAGGAAGUGGAAGGAGGCCCAGGUGCUGAGCAUGGCCUGGCAGGAGGCAAGAGAGGGCAGCCUGGAUGGCCACUGUCCCCUGCUCCUGAGCUGCUUGUCCCUGCAGUGAGCAGCCAUGUGGAGACCCGGGCCCAAGCGGAGGAACGGCUGCUGAAGAAACUCUUCUCUGGAUACAACAAGUGGUCCCGGCCCGUGGCCAACAUCUCGGAUGUAGUUCUUGUCCACUUCGGCCUGUCCAUUGCACAGCUCAUUGACGUGGAUGAGAAGAACCAGAUGAUGACAACGAACGUGUGGGUAAAGCAGGAGUGGCAUGACUAUAAGCUGCGCUGGGACCCUGCUGACUAUGAGAACGUGACCUCCAUCCGCAUCCCCUCUGAGCUCAUCUGGAGGCCGGACAUCGUCCUGUACAACAACGCGGACGGGGACUUCGCUGUCACCCACCUGACCAAGGCCCACCUCUUCCACGACGGGCGGGUGCAGUGGGCGCCGCCCGCCAUCUACAAAAGCUCCUGCAGCAUCGACGUCACCUUCUUCCCCUUCGACCAGCAGAACUGCAAGAUGAAGUUCGGCUCCUGGUCAUACGACAAGGCCAAGAUCGACCUGGUGCAGACGGAGCAGAUGGUGGACCUGAAGGACUACUGGGAGAGCGGCGAGUGGGCCAUCGUCAACGCUGCCGGCACCUACAACACCAAGAAGUACGACUGCUGCGCGGAGGUCUACGCGGACGUGACCUACUACUUCGUCAUCCGCCGCCUGCCGCUCUUCUACACCGUCAACCUCAUCAUCCCCUGCCUGCUCAUCUCCUGCCUCACCGUGCUCGUCUUCUACCUGCCGUCCGAGUGUGGUGAGAAGAUCACACUCUGCAUCUCCGUGCUGCUCUCGCUCACCGUCUUCCUGCUGCUCAUCACCGAGAUCAUCCCAUCCACCUCGCUGGUCAUCCCGCUCAUCGGCGAGUAUCUGCUCUUCACCAUGAUCUUCGUCACGCUCUCCAUCGUCAUCACGGUCUUCGUGCUCAACGUGCACCACCGCUCCCCGCGCACACACACCAUGCCCCCCUGGGUCCGCCGCAUCUUCCUGGACGUCGUGCCGCGCCUGCUUCUCAUGAAGCGGCCGUCCGUGGUCAAGGACAACUGCCGGCGGCUCAUUGAGUCCAUGCACAAGGCGGCCAGCGCCCCACGCUUCUGGCCGGAGCCCCAGGGGCAGGCCCACCCCAAGAGCAGGGGCCCCUCCCCCUCCCCGUCUUGCGGCCCAGACCAGCCAGUCAAGCCCCAGCCAGCCUGCCAGUCGCCCUCAGACCAGGUCCCCACUCUGCAGCCUUCAGAGGCUGGGACAGCCAGCCCCUGCCCUUCACCUCAGCCCUGCCGCCCACCCACCAGCACCCGGGCCCCAGGGCUCAUCAAGGCCAGGUCCCUGAGCGUCCAGCACAUGUCCAGACCCAGUGAAGCAGCGGAGGGUGGCGUACGGUGCCGGUCUCGGAGCAUCCAGUACUGUGUUCCCCGAGAGGAUGCCGUCUCCCGGGGCGACCGCCUGGUGGACAGCUCCCCCACCUCUGUGACAAAGGCCCCCUCAAAGACCCCCUCAGCCAAGCUCCUGCCCCCAGACCAGGACUCCCCCUGCAAAUGCAAGUGCAGGAAGGAGCCGGCGGGGACCCCAAAAGCCACACUCAAGGCCCCCAGCACUAGAGUGCCGCCCCCGCCCCCACCCCUGUCGCCAGCCCUGAUGCGGGCGGUUGAGGGUGUCCAGUACAUCGCAGACCACCUGAAGGCAGAAGAUACGGACUUCUCGGUGAAGGAGGAUUGGAAGUACGUGGCCAUGGUCAUCGACCGCAUCUUCCUCUGGGUGUUCGUCAUCGUCUGUCUGCUGGGGACUGCUGGCCUCUUCCUGCCGCCCUGGCUGGCCGGCAUGAUCUAGGGGCUGGAGGCCGGGCGUGGCCCAGGCACAUACAUGCAGGACACGGGCAGUGUCUGCGGACAGCUCACUGGGGCUGUGCCUGCCUCUCUGUGGGAUUCCCUGAGAUGUGGUCUCCUGUGGGAUGGUCUUGGAAGGAGCUGCCUCCAGGGGACCUGCCCCAGGUGGGAAAGGGCCUACGAGGCAGUGUCACUGCUUGUCUUAUUAAAGUUUACCUGGAGCAUGGCAA